AUGCCUGGGAACAUCCCACUCUUCCCGACAUUCACCACGCUUCUCAAUAGGCGACCAACCUUACCAGCCAUUUCAGCUAUUGCUGCGAGUGGAUUGAGAUUCGGCUCAAGAGGCACCGACUAUCAGCCAUCGACACGCAAGAGAAAACGCACUUUCGGCUUCUUGGCGAGAAUACGCUCGAGGACAGGCAGGAAGAUAAUAUCGAGAAGGCUAAAGAAGGGCAAGAAGAAUAUGAGUCAUUGA